ACCCCUCUCCAUCUCUGAGAGAGGGCCCUGGGGUCAGCUCUGCAAUGCCUGUGUCCCCAGCUCUUCUCUCUGGUCCCUACCCGCCUUUGCCUAUCUCCCUACUGGGGUGGGGCCGCCAGCUGGCUUUGGGCCCCGCCCCCGACUCCCAUCCAAUCACAGGCCCUUCUUCCGGAGGCUGGGCCAAAGGGCUGCGCUUCCAAGCUGCUAGCUCAGGCACUAGGCUCCCAGCCGGGGAUGAUGCGCAGCUACUCCUCCUGUCACCACCGCCAGCGACUGCCCCAACCAUCCGGUGUGCUGGGGCUGUUGCUGCUGCUGCUACCACUUGUCCUUGUAUCUCCUCUGGCAGCAGCUGCAACAGGCCCAGGGGGCUGUGACACCAUAUACCAGGGCUUUGCUGAAUGUCUCAUCCGCUUGGGGGACAGCAUGGGCCUGGGAGGCGAACUGGAGACUGUCUGCAGGUCUUGGAAUGACUUCCACAUCUGUGCCUCCCGAGUCCUAUUGCGCUGUCCGGAGGAGGCUGCCGCCGUGUGGGAGUCACUACAGCAAGAAGCUCGCCGCGCCCCACACCCAGAUAACUUGCAUGCUCUGUGUGGCACCCCUGUGCGCAUUAGGGAGCAUGGCAAGGGCCCUGAGACCAACCAGGAGACACUGCAGGCAACAGGGUCUGCACAUAGCCCAGCCCCUGCACCCCCACUGCUGGCAACUGCUCUGGCACUUGCCUGCCUCCUAGGGCCUCUGGCCUAGCCAGUCUAGUGGAGUAGCGGCACCCCUGCCUCCUACCCUGCUCUGGUGGCUGCUGCUGGGGCUCUGCAGAGUGCCCUUGGCUUUCAUUAAAGGCAUUUAUAUUUGUACUAAGCUCCUUCCUUUCUUCUGGCUAUAGCCUGCUUGGCUGGGGCGGAGGCCUCCAGAAGCUGAUCCCCAGGACUGGAUGGGUGGGGCCCAUGGCUGCCACAGGGGACUCAAUCUUUCUACUUACAGACACUCAUUUCCCAGGGCUAGCUGUGCAAAGCUUUCCAUUGUGUGCAGGUUCCAAGAGCUCUGGUGGUGACCUGAAAUCUACCGGAAUGCACAGCCUUCCUCUGUUCUCCCAGGCUGGCAUUCCUACCCCUGCCUGCCCUUCAUAUCCUGGCCUUUACAGGCAAGGUGAGAGCGUGGAGUGUACCACCUCACCCCCAAGCUCCUCAAGCCAGUCCACCCCCAUCCCCACAUUCCAGCCUCCACAUUCCUGCCAUGCCACCACCUCAUCCUCCCUCUGCUAACUACCACCUUCGCCUUCAAGACAGAUUAAGUGCUCUGUCCUCUCCCUCUCCGGGGUCCUGAUCUACUUGAGGGGAGCCUGUUCCAGAAAGUGGGGAGUCCCUGUUGGGGUCUGUAUUCAAGUCCCUGAGGUGACCUGGAGCUGCAGAAACUGCGGUCAUAAUGAGGAUUCCUCCAGACUCUACUCAAGCUUGUUCUUUGAGAAGAGGUAUGCACUGUGAAGUCAACAAUCCCAGAAGACUUUCUGGAAGCAUGGAAUGAGCAUGCGUGUGAGGAGCCCCUGUCCACUCUGGCGAAGAGAAAGAAUCUGCAUGGGCAGAAUCCUGAGGGAAGGAGGAGUCCUCAGAGAGGGUGAGACCCUCUCUCGGUCACUCUUCCACCACCACCGCAUGACUUGUGUGGGCAGUGCUGCGAACUCACUGACUUCUGCUCACACUCCCUCUGCCUUAUUUGCCAUUUUUGAAAAUUGAGAACUGAUUCUGAUGUUAAGCUCUUUUUCGUUCUAUGAGGCCCUCAUUCUGCGAGGCCCUGCAUAAACCAGCUCUGCCCACAGUUGCUUCAGUCCACUCCUGCAACUCCCUUCUACCUGAGCAUGGAGCAGUGAUCUGCCUACCUAGUCCUUGACAUCAGGGGAGCCUUCAGGGAAGGCAUGUGAUGAGGGUGAUAGAAGAGGUCAGAAUGGAUGGGGCUGAAUUGGACAGAGCUUUACAAGAGGGGCCCAAAGGAAUCAGGGUUGGCAUUUAGAGCUUGGCAGACUAGGUAUACACUAGAGCCCAUGCCGGGGAGCUAUUGUUCCCAGGACAGAAUCGGGCCUAAUUGAACCAUUGUUUGGCUCCAGGGUGAUAGGUGCCUCCAGAGACUUCCAUCCUCACAUGUAGGAACCCUACUUCAUCCAUGCUUCCCAAACACCUUCCCAUUCCAGUUAGCUCAGAUACCUCAAUCAGCAAUCUCUGCCCUACCUUGACUUCUGUGCUUCAUUCACCUGUACUUUUAUCUCCACUUCUAUCUCCCAACCAGUCACUACCCAUCUUCUCACAUGACUUGAAGGGGAAAAAUCAGGAGAAAACUCCUCCCACAACUGUCCCCCUUUGACCAGAAUUUUCCAGAAGGAAAUGCCGGCCUUUUAUUCCCUUGGGUCUUUGUACAUUUAUUCUCUGUACUCAGAAUACCCUUCCCCAUAUCCUCCUGGUGAACUCCUUUUCUUGUUCAGCAUCACCUCCUUCAUAACCCUGACUCCAAGCUGAAUCAGAAGCCUCCUGCAGAUCCACACAGCUCCCCGGCUGUCUUCUGUCUCAAUAGUGAUAACAGUGACUUGCUACUAUUUGGGUCUGGGUGAGAAUUCUUCAUUCUUUAUGUCUCUAGCACCCAUUUUUGGGCUGGGUAUAAAAGCUGCACUUGUAGAAGUGUGUGGAAUGAAAGAAUCUCUAAGCCUAGCAUAGAAAGUGUUAUAUCAAUAAGAGCUUGGACCAAGAACGACCUCAGCAUGGAGGAUAUGUCAUUUGGGGCAGCCCCUUUACCUAGCCUGGGCAUACUUUGGGCAGGAUGAUGCUGGGGAUCCAAAUCCCAAAAGUCUUCUCAAAGCCACUGUUGAUUGGUGGCUAGGAGCAGGGGCCCAACUGUGAUGGCCAGCCAUCAGAGGGAUUACUAUCCUCCUGCUGUGCCCUACUUUCCCCUGGUUUUUGCUCUCUAAGUCCCUGCUCUUCCCUGGAAGUGAGUGACCUGGAGUGUGUGCAUGGGGGUGGGGAUAGAAUCUGCUUUCUGGCCAAGGGCUUAAGAGCUUUGUAUGUUUCAUCCCAGAGCUGGAGGAGAGGGGUGGGCUGAUAGGCAGACUGGGCCCCAGACACAUCUGCCCAGCCCAGAGCAUCAUGGUGAUGAUGUGUCUUACAUUUACAGCUCUGUGGCUAUGGAAAAGCUUAUUGUUCAGGGUAGAGCCUGGGGGCUGAAUGUCCAGAGCUGAGUCCCUCUGCAUUAACAUGCCUCUUCAUCUCAAGGCCCUUUGAUCUUUACCAGAGCCCAGACCAGCACCUGCCAGUAGCAAGGGCUCAAUAAAUACUUGUUGAAUUAA